AUGGGCCAGCAUCAGCGCUGCUGCGAUGCACCGGCUCCUGUAAGGCUUGAAGCAAAUCUGUCAUCACAGCAGUCUUCGCACCUCACAAAUGGUACUCUCAGCACUGUUCGUUCUUUCGCUUCACAUCUCAUACAUCCUUCGGUUACAUUGCUAACGAAAAGUGUUGAUGAUGGUAAUUCGAUACGGUCAUCCAGUGAUUCGACACAGUCGUUUAGUCCAUCGAUGGUAUCACCCAACAGCCGUGGUACCGAAAGCGGUGUAGCAGCAGGCGGAAAUUAUCACCAUAACUCGAGUACUGGUGCCAGCACAUUUGGUGUUGAACAGCUACCUACAGCAUACCAGCAUGCCGCUGCGGCUGCUGGUACCAUUUGUACCAGUAGCGGUAAAAAGACACCAACACGUGUUUCACCGAUCUCUUUACCCUGUCAACAAGAGCAAUCAUCGUGCAGGACACCGAUUAUGGGGAUCGCCGAAGGUUCAGCACUCACUGGCACCAUGUUACCAGCGGCGCCAUUGGGACCAGGUGCUGCAGUAGCGGCAGCAGCCGGAGCUACUGUUGGUGGUAGCGUUGUUACUGCAGCGGCUAGUGGUGUUGGACAUAGCGGCAGGAGUGGUACCAUUGGACCAGCAACCGGUGGUGCUAUGGCAAUUGCGCAGCUCAACGCCAGUCAGCAACCACAGCAGCAACAGCAUCAUACUUCAUUUACAAUGGGUACGAAUGCGGCGGCAGCAGCAGUUGCUGUAGCUGGAGCCGGUGCUGGGGGUGUAUCAAAUGGUGAUGAAGUGAAACCGCGAUCGCUAAGAUUUACUUGGAGCAUGAAAACAACCAGUUCACUGGCGCCUGAAGAAAUGAUGAAAGAAAUUCGUAAAGUUCUUGAUCAAAAUAACUGCGAUUAUGAGCAGCGUGAACGUUACUUAUUGUUAUGUGUACAUGGCGACCCAAACACCGACUCGUUGGUACAGUGGGAAAUGGAAGUAUGUAAAUUGCCCAGGUUAAGCUUAAAUGGUGUGCGAUUUAAACGUAUAUCGGGCACAUCGAUUGGCUUUAAGAAUAUUGCCUCGAAAAUAGCACAGGAAUUGAAUUUAUGA